GUGAGAGACCCUCCGGUUCCGCUGUGCAGGUGGAGCUGGCCACACGACAUCGGCCAGUGGACGUUGUAACUCUCCGAGGGGUGCAGGAAAGUUACCACUCUGGGGUCUCCUGAACCGUCUGUCAUUUCUCGGCCUAACACAGCACUUCUUUCAGCGGGGUACUGAAGUCGCCUACGGGAUGCGCUUUGUCCGUUGCCAAAGUGUGCAGUUCACUCCCGCCUACCAUGAGCAGGUAGAAUUCCCGGGAAGAGCUGUCCGUUUCGAAGCCAAAAUCAUCUUCGUCGGGAAAACCUCGUAUAUAUAUGAGACAAAAAUGUUUGACCGAGACACCGACAAGGAACUAGCCAAUCGGCGAAUUCAAGUGGUCAGCAUCAACAAGGAGACGCGAAGGCCGAAGCCUCUUCCUGAUUGGGCGAUAGAGCAGUACUCACACCUGACGUCACUGCCACGCCCUGCAGUGGUACAACCGUUUGACCUGUCCGAUGUCAAACCAGCCUUUGUCUAUCCGGUGACAGUGCCACCUAGCGAUAUCGACCUGAACAUGCACACUAACCAAUCUCAGUACGUCCGCUACUGUUUCAACUGCGCAGCGGCGGGGGCCAAGAGAGGCGCGUACUCCAUCAUCAGUGGUGACCUUCUCGACUACGACCUCCGAAGUGUUGACCUGCUGUACCAGAAGGAGUCACAAGAGGGCGACACCCUCCGCAUAGAAUCCUGGGAAGACAUCAGGGAGCCUGAUACCAUCAAGUUUCAGGUCAAGAAAGGAGACGACAAUAUACUGCAGUGUAAAAUGAGCUUUCACAUACCCAGUGUCCCUGACAUCGAGAAGGCAAAACUUUGAUCAGAUUGAUUUCCAUUCUUAAGUCCAUGUUUAAGUAGAACAGAUAGUCCACGUUAUUAGAAAUUGUCAAUGAAAAAAUUACAGCAAAGUUAAGCAACGAAUU